CAUGUCGUUCAGUGAAAUGAACCGCAGGACGCUGGCGUUCCGAGGAGGCGGGUUGGUCACCGCUAGCGGCGGCGGCUCCACGAACAAUAACGCUGGCGGGGAGGCCUCAGCUUGGCCUCCGCAGCCCCAGCCGAGACAGCCCCCGCCGCCAGCGCCGCCCGCGCUUCAGCCGCCUAAUGGGCGGGGGGCCGACGAGGAAGUGGAAUUGGAGGGCCUGGAGCCCCAAGACCUGGAGGCCUCCGCCGGGCCGGCCGCCGGCGCCGCCGAGGAAGCCAAGGAGUUACUGCUCCCCCAAGACGCGGGCGGCCCCACCUCGCUUGGCGGUGGCGCGGGGGGCCCCCUGCUAGCGGAAAGGAACCGUCGGACUCUGGCCUUCCGAGGCGGCGGCGGCGGGGGUCUCGGCAACAAUGGCAGUAGCCGCGGCCGCCCCGAGACCUCGGCGUGGCCCUUGAGGCAUUUCAAUGGGCGAGGGCCGGCGACUGUGGAUCUUGAGCUGGACGCGCUGGAGGGGAAGGAGUUGAUGCAGGACGGCGCGUCCCUGAGCGACAGCACCGAGGACGAGGAGGAGGGGGCGAGCCUGGGCGACGGCAGUGGGGCGGAAGGCGGCAGCUGCAGCAGCAGCAGGCGGUCGGGCGGCGAUGGCGGGGACGAAGUGGAGGGCAGCGGUGUGGGAGCUGGCGAAGGAGAGACUGUCCAGCACUUCCCGCUCGCGCGGCCGAAGUCUCUAAUGCAGAAGCUCCAAUGCUCCUUCCAGACCUCCUGGCUCAAGGACUUUCCCUGGCUGCGCUAUUCCAAGGAUACUGGUCUUAUGUCUUGCGGCUGGUGCCAAAAGACCCCUGCAGAUGGGGGAAGCGUGGACCUUCCCCAAGUGGGGCAUGAUGAGCUUUCGCGAGGGACCCGCAACUACAAGAAAACCCUCCUCCUGAGGCACCACGUCUCUACCGAGCACAAACUCCACGAAGCCAACGCCCAGGAGUCAGAAAUACCAUCAGAGGAGGGGUACUGUGACUUUAAUAGUAGGCCAAAUGAGAACUCUUAUUGCUAUCAACUUCUGCGACAACUAAAUGAACAGAGAAAGAAAGGUAUUCUUUGUGAUGUCAGCAUUGUGGUAAGCGGAAAAAUCUUCAAAGCUCAUAAGAACAUCCUGGUUGCAGGCAGCCGUUUCUUUAAGACUUUAUAUUGCUUUUCAAACAAAGAAAGCCCUAACCAAAACAAUACUACCCACUUAGAUAUUGCUGCAGUUCAAGGUUUUUCAGUCAUCUUGGACUUCUUGUAUUCUGGUAACCUGGUGCUCACAAGCCAAAAUGCCAUUGAAGUUAUGACCGUGGCCAGCUAUCUUCAAAUGAGUGAAGUUGUUCAAACUUGCCGAAAUUUCAUUAAAGAUGCCUUAAAUAUAAGCAUUAAAUCAGAAGCUCCGGAGUCUGUAGUUGUGGACUAUAAUAAUAGAAAACCAGUUAAUAGAGAUGGUCUGUCUUCAUCACGGGAUCAAAAAAUUGCCAGUUUUUGGGCAACACGGAAUCUUACCAAUUUGGCAAGUAAUGUAAAGAUUGAAAAUGAUGGUUGUAAUGUCGACGAGGGCCAAAUAGAAAACUACCAAAUGAAUGACAGUAGUUGGGUCCAGGACGGAUCUCCUGAAAUGGCUGAAAAUGAAUCUGAAGGUCAAACAAAAGUGUUUAUUUGGAAUAAUAUGGGCUCCCAGGGAAUUCAAGAGACUGGCAAAACAAGGAGGAAAAACCAAACUACAAAAAGAUUUAUUUAUAAUAUUCCACCUAAUAAUGAAACGAAUUUAGAAGAUUGCUCAGUAAUGCAGCCACCUGUUGCCUAUCCAGAAGAAAAUACACUACUCAUCAAGGAAGAACCAGAUUUAGAUGGUGCUCUACUCUCGGGGCCAGAUGGUGAUAGGAAUGUGAAUGCAAAUUUAUUGGCUGAAGCUGGCACUAGUCAAGAUGGAGGUGAUGCUGGUACUUCACAUGAUUUCAAGUAUGGUUUGAUGCCUGGUCCUUCAAAUGAUUUCAAGUAUGGAUUGAUACCAGGUACUUCAAAUGAUUUCAAGUAUGGAUUGAUACCAGGUGCUUCAAAUGAUUUCAAGUAUGGAUUAUUGCCAGAAUCUUGGCCAAAACAAGAAACCUGGGAAAAUGGUGAAUCAUCUCUAAUCAUGAACAAGUUAAAAUGCCCUCAUUGUAGCUAUGUAGCCAAAUACAGACGAACACUAAAAAGGCACUUGCUCAUUCACACAGGAGUGAGAUCAUUUAGCUGUGAUAUUUGUGGAAAACUGUUUACUCGAAGAGAACAUGUAAAAAGACAUUCCCUGGUGCAUAAAAAGGAUAAAAAAUACAAAUGUAUGGUGUGUAAGAAGAUCUUCAUGUUAGCAGCCAGUGUUGGAAUAAGACACGGAUCUCGACGUUAUGGUGUUUGUGUAGACUGUGCAGAUAAAUCACAACCAGGAGGGCAAGAAGGUGUAGAUCAGGGACAGGAUACAGAAUUCCCUCGGGAUGAAGAAUACGAGGAGAAUGAAGUAGGAGAAGCUGAUGAAGAGCUAGUUGAUGAUGGAGAAGAUCAGAAUGAUCCCUCUCGAUGGGAUGAAUCAGGAGAAGUUUGUAUGUCUCUAGAUGAUUAACUGACCUACUAUACUCCUCAAGGAUGCUGCAUUUGGACCUAAUAUGAAUCGACAAUUUGGAUUGUUGAACUUGAAGGCUUGCAAAAUAUGGUACAUGCUGGAUAGUAGUUAUGUUGCUGUGAAAACUGUAGGGUCAAAGCCUUAUAGCAAAAAAAAUUUUUUUUUAUAUUUGCACAGGACUAUACAGCAAACAACCAUGUGGUUGGAUUACAUGGAGUCCCCACAUACUCAGUCAGUUACCACAGUAAAAUAUUUUUUAUUUAUAGGAUAUACAGUAACUAUUUGGGUCCUAUGAAAAUAGUCCUUAAAGAGCUUACAUUCAUGUGCUACUUUAACAUGAAUGGAGAAAAUCCAUUUAUGGAAGUACAGUGACAAUUGACCCAAUCACUCUGUCCAUCAAACCACUCAGGCUAGUUUGUACUAGUAGAGUUUUGUUUCUAUUUUUAUUUUUAUUAAUUUUAUUUUUUUUAAUACAGAUUUUCAGUGAGGGGCUUUUUCAACCCCAUUGGUUCUAUUUUCUUGUAUUUUUCCAUUUAAUUUGCUUCAUAACUUAAACCAAGUCUCUUCUAGUCUUAGGUAUUAUUUCUCGAUUUUGUGCUGAUGGGCAUGUUUAUAAGAACUGGAGAGGUAAUUUAUUGGAAUGAACUAACUGACUUCCUCCAUUCCCCCCUUCCUUUUUGACAUGAAUUUUACUACUUCACAAAUGAAGAAUGAUGUUAUGAAGUUACCGUGGCGAAGUUGACAAAUACCACUAAAAUGAUUAUGAUUUAGAAGUAACUUUCUUCUGCUGCUCUAAUCUGAUAAAUGGUUACUAUAUGAUCUUUUCUGACAUGGUAUUUGGUUUUGGGUAUCUGUUACUUUGGCACUAUUCUUGUUUGCCUCUUUAUUUUUGCCAGUGUACUAUACCUCAGUCCUAUUUGAAAGACCUAAUUGAAAGAAAAAUCAUAGAAAUAAGUAAAAUGAUUUGUUUUAUAAUUUAUCCACCAUGUCCAGUUUGGUUAGCUUGUUAUGCAAUAUAAGUGAAAUAUCAGGUUUUUACCCGUGUCCCUUUUAUCAUGAAAAUUAACACAAAAUGUGCAUUCUCUUUUGUUUCAUACUUAGCGGGAUAUUGAUUGUUUUGAAAUUAUGAUCAAUACUUAAUUUAUUUUUUUCUGUUCCUUGAAGUCACUACACCUUGAUACAGUCUUUCUAGUAGUCAGCAUGAUUCAACAGUCUCAAAAAUCUUACAAAUAAAAUUCUGAGAAGCUUUAUUAUUCUAUAAACUAAAUUCUUCAGGGUACAAAGGGUGACAUAUUGAGGUGAAAUUGUCAGAUUUACUUAGCCUGGUGACAUGAAUUAGCUGAUUGUGGAACUCUCAGCAGCAUUUCACGUAUUGUUAACAUGUAUGGCAUUUAUUAGCAUAUUGUAUAUUAUAUAAGAUUGAGGGAUGUCAUAUUUUCAGCUUUCUUUUAAAUAAAAAUUGAGUAUAUUUUCCUAUUUUAUAUCAGGUAACUAAAUUAUGCUAGUUAUGUGGAAAAAAUUGCAAAGAUGCUUUGACAGAUAUAAUCCCUUUGGUGCUCCAUCUGAUCAAAGUUGAAAAGUUGAUGUUUUUUAAGAGACAAGCUUUAUCAUUGUCUCUGAUUUCAGUAGAAUAAUGGUUUAUUGUUAGACAAUGAUGUUUCUGCUUGGAUAAAUCAAAGAUAAAUUACAGUUACAUGGUUAGAUGCAUCUUUUGUCAUCUAUAUUGUAGUUUCUACAUAACUGUAAACCUGACAGAUAAGAAUAGUUUCGGUUUGAUUUUUGUUUAAAACAGAUGAGUACUUCUUAAUGUUCUAGACAAAUGAGUAAAAUGUAUUUCUGGUAGAAAUUAGUUGGGCAAAGAUACUAUGAAUGAAAAAGUAUUUUAAACGUAAAAUGUUCUUUGUGAAUAUGUAAGUAUAGUAUAAAGAUUUCUUUCAUCCCAUUUAUCCCCUUCCUUUAAAUAAACUAGUUUACAAUUGGUAGAUCUGUCUAUAUAUAAAUAUAUAUUAAAGAACAAAGAUAUAUAUCUAAAAAUCACCUAAAUCUGCUUUAUUAGACUACAGUUCACUUAUUGCAUAGAAACUGGACUUGGCUUUACAUUCUUAAUGUACUUUUACUUUUCCUCAAGAUAUGAACUUACUCUCUUGAAGCUGAAUUUUCUUUUACUACUUAAAUCAUUUAUGUAUAUCUGGUAAAUUAUGACCAAAUUUUUGUUAGAUUGCAUACAGUAAAUUGAAAUACACACUUGGUACACUACGGGAUUGUUGUGCUUUUGUUUGGUUUUAGUUGGAAAUAAGGUUUGAUGUAGAUGGCUUGUUACUGUUAAUUUAAAAUAUUCUAUAAUUGUCCAUUACUUUUAUGUUGUGUUGUGACAGAUUUGGCUAUAUUUUUAGUCAAUUGAAAUAUGAUACUUUAAAAGUUUGUUUUUAGGUAAUCCAAAGGAAAAGUGUUUAUACUCUUGAAUAUAUUAGCCUCAGCCUAUAUAAAAAUUUCUUUGAAGUAAACAUUUUACCAGAAACAGAAUUGACAGAUUUUUCUACUUGCUGACUGCCUAACUUAUUUUGUUUCAUGAUCUCGAGGGACUGCCUUUUCCCAUCUAGAUCUUUUAAAAAAAUAGUUUUAGUACUAAGGUAUACUACUGGACAUUUCUAUUUUUUUAAGUGUAUUCUUUUUCUGACUUACAGUAAAAUUUCAGGAAGUUGAUAGAUACUAAGAACUUAUGAUUGGUCUCAGAGGUAACAAUGAAAUACUCAUAAUUUUGUCUGUGGAGCUCUGGCAGAAUUAUGUUACACAUUUGGCGAAGUUGUCUCUUGUAAUUUAUAUUUUAAAUGAAAAAGUAUUUUAGAGCUUUUACUUUUAAUGAAGGGGAAGAGUAUAAACUUUCUUUCAUAUUCACUCUGUAGUUACAGACCGUCUCAUAAAUCAAGAUUGUGCAUUAUUUCUUAGAGUUCUCAGAGACAGAUACUUCCAUAUGGACCCCUGUUCAUUUUUCUUAUUUACUAGAUAUUUUGCUAAAUUUAGCACACUAGCAAUUAAGAGUUUAAAAAAGAAGAAACGUUAUAGGAAAGGGAAACUGAACAGUAAUGAGUAGCUUUGAAAUUGGGGAAAACACACUAGCUGGGUUAGGUACAGCCAUCCUAAUGGAGAAGAGUGAGCUAAAUGCGUUAAUUCAUGUAAAGUGCUUAGAACACUGGUACAUAAUAGGUGCAUAACACAUCUUAAAGUUGUUUAAUAAUAGAUAAGAACCAAGAGGAAAAAGAAAUAAGAAAAGAUGGGGGAAAGGAAGGAGAAAAUAGGAAAUGAAAGGAUUAGGACUUGGGCAUUUAUAUUAAUACAAAAUGGUGUAAACGGCCUGAAUAUCACUGUAGUAGUAUCAUACAGGGGAAAAUGUGAUGGAAAAUAGGUUUAAAAAUCUUAAUUUUUAAAACUUUAGUAAGCUUUAUUUAUAUUUUUUAGGAUUUUCUGAACAUAGCAUGAAGGGUUUAGAUUCAUUUUUCUGAAAAACGAUUCAAAAAACUACCAAUUUUUUUUUUGAGUGCCCACACUUGCCGUUGUGCUGUAUACAUGAUUUUACCUUAAUCCUCUAUAAGGUAGGUGCUAAUUGUCUCCAUUUUAUAGAUGAGGAAAGGCUCAGAGAAAUUCAGAAACUUGGCUAAUUUAACACAGCUGUGAUAGAGCUCGAAUUUGACCACGUCUGAUUCUGAAGCCCAUACUCUUUCAGGGAGGCGCUAUUGCUGCCUCAUUAAACAACUCUUGUAGAAUUUCAGCUCUUAAUGGAGUCUAUGGAUUUAUAUUUUUCCUAUAAGACAGCUGUGUUUAGAGUUUUGAGUGUCUUUCCUCCCCCCAAUAAAUUUCCUUACUACUCUUUCUUCAUAAAGCAGUUGUUUUGUCACUUUGACUAUAUUAAGACACAUCAGUGUAGCACAUGCUCUUAACCGGCUGUGGCAUUUUAAUUUUAUAAAAGAAUGGUUUUUAUCUGAAGAACUAGAUAGAAACCCCAGUUUUUGUGCCGUUCAGUCACCCAGAUCCUUAAACUUAACUAUGGUACAUAAUAUCCACACUUAGAACUAACAGGUGUUUAGUCACUUUAGGACUUAAAAUGGAAAGUUUUUUUUUUUUUUCCUGCUGUAUCCCUGCUUUCAACUGAAGUUAAAGAAUUCUAGAUAGUUUAAAAUGUGUUAGGGAUAAGCACACUUCAAAAGAUGUUUUCUAGCCCUAAAUUUUAUGACAUUGGGUACUUAAAUUUGGAGUACACUAGCUAUUGAGAACAAUAUUUUGGGUUGAGGAGAGAUGGUUGAGGCCAUUUAGUGGGAGCAUUGGCAUUUUGAACACUGUAAACAUAAAAGAACACUUCCGCCUGCUGUUUGUAAAAGCUCUUUGGGAAGAUCUUUUACGAAGACCAACUUUUUAAAAUGUAAAUUACCUACCUAAUAUAAGUGUCCUAAGACAUGUAUGUAAACUUCCGAAACUGUUUUGUCUGUGUAUUUAGAAAAUACACAAGAAUCUUUAUUCAAACCUAAAAAUAUAAACUUGUGAGCACUAAA